AUGUUCCCGUCAAUCAAGAGCCUGUGCCCCCGUGAGCUCUACGCCCGCCGCGCGGAGAACGCCGAAGGGCCCUUUACCGAGGAGCAGUACCAGCUGCUGCUGAAGUGCGCGGAGUGCUGUGAAGAGGCCGCCGUGCUGAGCCAGAACGCCCUGGGACGACGCGAAGGCGCCUUUGCCCACCUGCGCCUGGCGGUGCACCUCUUGGUGCGCGUGCCGACACAGGCCACCCUUGGAGCGAGGCGUCAAUCCCUGGUGGAACUCUCCGACCGGCACUUGGGGAAGGCCUUGCGGCUCUUCGAUGAGCUCAAGGACGAGCGAGAGGUGGCAGUUUGCCACUUCCACAUGGCAGACCUCGUGCUGCAGGAGCAAUGCAUGCCUGGUGCGCCGCCCCUCUCGAAGGCGCGGCUCACCAGCGCUCAGCGCCACGCCAAGCGCUCCGCGGAGUACUGGCAGCGCCUGGGCUGCCUGGACCACGCCAAGGACUUUAUCAGCUCCCACGUGCGCGUGGCGAGGCUGCUGGCGUAUCAGCGUUCAGCCUACGAGGCGGUGGCGCAUCUGGCGCUGGAGGAGGAGAAGCUGGUGCGCCAGGCCAAGGCCGAGAACGCGAAGCUGGAAGAAGGACUCUUCCAGAUCAAGGAGGGCACGUGGGUGGUACUCGGCUUCCGCCGUGAGAUGUCGCGACUCUGCCAAUUUCGACGGCGCAGCGCGCAUCGUGUUGGCCUAGGCCGGCAUCCGCCAGGGAGAGGACAUCGAGCGACUGAAAGUGCUCUACCGCCAGGUGCUCCGAAACGAGAAGAUCUCCCUGGUAGCGUGAUAAUUUGAAAUUUCGAUCGCGUCGGAUGCAUUUUUGGGCCUCGCCUUGCUCCAGAUCGGCUGGGAACUGGCGAGCGUUAAUGAUUCAAGGUAGGUUUAGGGAGCCAAGUCUUGGGAGAAGCAGCAG